CCUCUCUCUCUCUCUCUCUCUCUCUGUCUCUCAAAGAUGGAGAACCGGAUGAAGCUGCGACUGUCUCGCAUGUUUCGUGCCUCUUUCGGCUCGUGCCGGACGCGAAACAUACCGGACGUUAUUGAAAACGCCGUUUUCAUCCCUCAAGACCAAACCCACGUCUUCCGUGUAUUUGACCCACCGCCACCGUCCCCAAAGCCUCGAUCUUUCCCUUCCGUUUGCAAACCCCAAACCGGGCCGAGACAGAAAGUAUCCGACCGAUACUACUCGCCUUUAGGUUUCGCCGACACAUGCGGAAGCACGUGUACUCACGUAUCUCCAAUCUCUCCGUUCAUGUAUUAUAAGAAGGAGCGGAAGAAGAGCAAAGAUCAACGGUCAGGAUCAAAACACAAAAGCAAGAAGAGUAAGAAGCCGCGCGUGAAGAGCACGAAUAGAGAAGCGCGUCUCUUAAGCUCCUCCUCACGAUAUGACAGUGCCUAUUACAGCUGGCUCAGCAGCGACGACGAAGACGACGACGAGGAAAUGGACACGCACACGCUUUUCUCAUCAAGGAGCACCACUCUCUCGUCGGACUCCUCAGGGUCUCUCCUCCGCAAGAGCCGGUGCUCUCGUAGGAUGAAGAGGAGGGAGAGAGUUGGGCCCAGGAACAGAGAAAUCGGGGGGAGCAAUGCGUUACCAUUAAUGGACGGGAGAGUAAAAGACAGCUUCGCAGUGGUGAAGAAAUCGAGUGAUCCGUACAAUGAUUUCAGGACAUCAAUGGUGGAAAUGAUCGUGGAGAAGCAGAUAUUUGGAGCUCAGGAUCUGGAGAAACUGUUGCAGUUGUUUAUCUCUUUGAAUUCCGAUUGCCAUCACAGGAUUAUUGUCGAAGUUUUUACAGAGAUUUGGGAGGCUCUCUUCUCUGACUGGUCUUGAAGGGAAGACCCUACGAAUUACUCUGUCGUUUGUACCUUUUUUUUCUUCUUCUUAUUUUGGUGUUAGACUGUUAGUAAA